CUGUUGUUAACUCUCUCUUCUUCUUUCUAAUGUUAGACACCAUUACGGCAUUACCCCAUUAACACAGAGGUUUUUCUUUUUCAAAAUUCGAAUUGUGUGUGUGAAGCUGUGCAAAGGUCGAUUUACGGGGGAAUUAAUUAGAAUUUCGGCAAACAACGGUAAUUUAGGUAUGCUGAUAUAAUUGUACUUGGCUUAUUGUAAUGUCGAACACUGUUGUUACGCUUCGAUUUUGGCACGGAGGAAAGUUUAAGAAAGAUGGAAGAGGGUUCCAGUACGUGGGAGGUAAAGUUAAAACUUUUCCAGUUGAUGCAGAUGAAUUAUGUUGGUGGUAUCUGUUAGAAUUAGCACAAAAAUGUGGGUACAAAACAAUUGAUAGUAUAUUGUACUCAGUUCCAGAUUUGAAUUUGGACAGUAGUUUAAGACAGGUUUACAAUGAUACUGAAGUACUAGAAAUGGGUGCUUUAGCUCUUAAAUUUAGGACCAUUGACUUAUAUGUUGUUGAUGAAGUGAAUGUACCAAACCUUGUAAAAACUCCCCAACCUACAAUAACAAAUCCUUCUUUUGUGGCUAAAAAAGCUACCCAACCUAAAGAGGCUUCCUUACCAAAGAAUAUCACCCAACCUAAAAAGCCCACUCCACUUUGGAAAAGUCCAAUUAAGAAAGUGCAAAAUAAUCCUCCCCUUGCACAAAUCCCUUCACCAGUAACCACAAAAUCCCAUCCAUCUAACAUCAAACACAAUGAUAUACUACCUAUACAAAGCCAAACACAGUCCACUAACCAAACACAUCUUGAUGACUAUCACACAUGGUAUGAUGAUAGGCCAGAAAGUCCGAUUCCAUUGAAAGAUCUAAUAGGUGAGAACGAGGGUGACUUAUCUCAAGACAGAACAAAUCCACUGUAUGAGUCAGAAAGUGAAGAGUAUGAUGGUAGUGAAUCUGAACCUGAUGAUGAUGUUGAUGAGAUUUACAUAGAACAAGAAGAGUUGGAGGAGAUUGAUGAUGAAGACUUAAUAGUAGAAGAAGGUGACAGCAGUGAUGAUGAAUUAAAGGAUGCCAGAGAAAACGUCAGGGGAUACAAUGCUAAGUUGUUUGAGCUAGCUCAACAAUUACAAAGAGAAAUUGCAGCAGGUAAAGUAGGUUCAAAUGAACAAGUUCCUACUCCUAAAUCUGUAAAUGACUUACCUGAGAUGAAUGUUAGUGAGUAUGAGGAUAGUGAUGAUGAGAUCUUAACUCCGGGUGAAAGCGAGGAAGAAGAUUUCUAGGGAAAAAAAAGAAGGGCAAGGGGGCUGACUAUUAGUGAGAGCACUGACUUCUCUAAUUUUCAAUGGAAAGUCGGAUACAGAUUUCCUAACAGAGAAUCAUUUAAGAAGGCAGUGGCAAAAUUUGCAAUAUUACAAGGACGAAAUCUCAGUUUUGUCACUAGCAACAAGAAGAGACAACAAAGGCUGGAAGUUAAAUGCUUGCCUGGCUGUGAAUUUAGGUUGUAUGGGUCAUGGGAUUCUGUAAGGGCCUGUUUUGUGGUGAAAUCAGUAGAUAAUGGACAUUGUUGCCCUAGAAAUAUGGAGAAAAAUAAGCAACUAAAGUCAACUUGGCUUGCAUCACAAUUUCUUGAGAUUUUCAAAGCAAGGCCGCAUUGGCCUGCUAAAGAAAUUAUGGAAACUGUGAAGAGAGCUUAUAAAAUUCUUAUCAAGAAGGGUGUUGCAUAUAAGGUAAAAUACAAUGCUCAUAGGAUGUUACAUGGUUCAAUGCAAGAACAUUACAACAAGGUGGGCAGGUACUUGCAGGCAUUGAGGGAUAGUGAUCCAAACUCUCACAUAAUUUUGGUCACUGAUUCUAAAAAUAGUCCAGCAGUAUUUCAAAGGCUUUUUAUAUGUUUUAACGGGGUGAAAAAGGGUUGGCUGGCAGGUUGUAGAAAACUGUUGUGCAUAGAUGCUUGCUUCCUUAAGACAUUCCUCGGAGGACAAUUGUUAGUAGCAGUGGGGAGAGACGGGAAUGAUCAGAUGUAUCCGGUUGCAUGGGCAGUGGUAGAAGGAGAAAACAAUAAUUCAUGGGAGUGGUUCAUGCAUGAAUUACAAACGUACUUGGAACUAGGUCAAGGAGAUGGCCUUGCAGUCAUAUCAGAUGAACAUCAGAGUAUUUUAGCUGCUGUUGCCAAUAUUCUCCCAAACGCUGAACACAGGCAUUGUGCCAGACACAUUUUUGCACACUGGCACAAAUCUUUUAAAGGUGAUGAGAUGAAAUUACUUUUUUGGAGGGCUGUUAAAGCUUAUAAUAUGGCAGAUUAUAAUGAUGCCCUUGAGGAAAUGGAGAAGGUUGACCCGGAAGCUGUUGUAAGUUUUAGAUCCUAUAGACCUGUGGUGUUUUGUAGAGAUUUUUUAAACACGGAUACACAAGUAGAUGUGAUUGUAAAUAACUUGGCUGAGACUUUCAAUGGGUACAUUAUUAAUGCAAGAACAAAACAUUUGAUAUACAUGCUUGAGGAUAUUAGAACAACUUUGAUGCAAAGACUAGCAGUUAAGAACAUGGAUAUGGAGAAGACUUCUGUUAUGGUGUGCCCUAGGAUCCAAGCUAAACUGAAUUUAGCUAAGGAUGCUGCCUCCUUAUGCACUGUCACAAUAUCCACACGUACUCGGUUUCAAGUUAGUCAUUUUAUGGAUGUUGUGACAGUUGAUCUAGUAGCUAAUACAUGCACAUGUAGAAAAUGGGAUCUUACAGGGAUUCCCUGUUGUCAUGCCGUAGCAUGUAUAUUUUUCUGUCAUAAAAAUGCCGAGGAUUAUGUUUCUCAUUGGUACAAAAGAGACACCUACAUGAAAGCAUACUCUGAAUCAAUCGCUCCUUGUGUUGGUGAUAAGCACUGGCCUAAAGUCCAAUUGUCACUAAAUCCACCUCCCAUAAAAAUAGGAUCCGGUAGGCCUAGGGUGAAUAGGAGGAAGGACCCUCAUGAGAAUCCAAAAAAACCAGGGAGGUUAACAAAGCAUGGGAUCGAAAUGCAUUGUAGUGUAUGUAAGUAAAAAAAAACCACAACAAAAGAAGAUGUCCCGAUAAAGACAAAAUUGUGGAACAAUCCCAACAAGCUAAAAAGAAGCAGAAAAUAUGUAAUAAUAUUGGGGCAAGUACCUCCACAACACAGCCUGGGGUUCAGGAGAAGGCAAAGGAAAGGGCCCGGGAGAAGGAAACGGUAAAAGAGGAGGCAAGGGUUCUAGAGGCAAGAGAAGGGGAACCAAUGUACCUCAAGGUGUUGGUGUGUUCAUUGGAUUUGAUGGCACCCCUACGACGAAUACACCAGUUGUAACUAAGUGCUCAAUGUCAACUCCUUUAGGAAGUCAUGUCUCAAGUGCUAAUUAAGAGGGGAGGGUUUAAGCUCCACGCAAGCUGCUUUAGCAGGCCUCAAAUGCGAGUUAAGAAGAGGAGAUUUAAGCUAGCUGCUUUGUAGUCUCACAAAACAGUAGCAUUUUGUGCACACUCCUUUAUGUAUUUUGAGCAAACAGUAGAUUAUAUUUUGAUUAACCAAUGCUUGUAAUUUUUGCAAACUAAUGCUUGUAUUUUGAGCAAAAUAGUGCUUUUAUUUUGGUAAAACUAAAACAAGAAGGCUAAUCUUUCCUGGCCACUUUUCCACCUUCA